AUGAGGUUACCCUUGGACAACGUCGAGCGCGCGGUCGACAAUGCCGCCAUUGGCCUGCACCAGAUCACUCGAACCCUUCUGCAGAGGAGUCCGUCCGAUGACAAUGACAGUUCCUCGAGCUCUUCCUCGAGCGCGUGCAAAGCCGGCGACGACAGCCCCAAAUGUGUCACUCCCGCAUCGGUCCAAAAUACUCAGACUCUGGCCAUCAUUCUCGGUGUUGUCAUCCCGCUAGGGUGUGCCAUCGUCGUCUUGAUCUUCUUGCACAGGAGACAUCUCAAGAAGCAGAGACAGGAGGAUCUGAAUGACCCACACAAGUCGCUGGACUUUGGCAUGGACGGCAUUGAGCCGACAGUAUCGAAGAAUUCAAAGAGGAAGGCACCAGAGAUGACAAUCACGGAGGUUGGCCCAGCGUCAGGAAACCCAAGGAGAAAUCACGGCUUGUCAAUGGAUAUGAACAUGUCCAUGGGAUCACCAUACCUUCUGCCCGCCGGUCUGCAGGGCUCGCGCGAGUCGAUACACAGCAUGUCACGCAGCAUGAUCGACGAGCACGAUCCAUACCGACCUGUGACAAUGAUGCGGCCUUCGACUGACAACGAUUCUGUGCGAUUUGGUCGCUUGAACGACGACAAGGGCUCGCUAUAUUCAAUGUCAACGGGACACCACUCGGCAGUACGAGACAAUGCUGGACUCAUCGCCAACGCACGACCAAUGUCGCAGUCCGCUAGCAAGCGCGCCGAUUCAAUGUCGCCUCAGGAAUCGCAUGCUUCGGGCGAGUUUCCUCCACGCCAGAUGCACAGUUCCAUGAAUCGGAACGGUGCGCCCAGCCGAAAGGCCAGCGUGGAUAAGGACUUGCCAGACAUUAGCGAAGCAUUCCCUGCUCCUCCAACAGGACCAGAGCCGGUUGCACAGCAAAUGCCGCCGAGAUCAUCUUCAACCAGUGCGGCCAGUGCACCACGACCUCCGCGAAAAGACUCGAUGUCUACUAUCCAUACCGACCAAAGACCCGAGUCAAGUAACUACGGUGAUGAGGUACCUGCUGCUCCAGCUGGCCCUAUCAUCAACGAGCCUGAGCCAUAUGAUAUCGAUCCUGCCAUGAUCUACUACGAAGAGACUCCACAGCCGCCAGCAGCACCCAAACUUCAAGCACCACCGCCUGGAAAGAAUCAAGCUAGUAGACUUUCUGUGGUGGGUCCUAAUGGUAACAGGCUGUCUGUCAUGGGCAUGCGUCCGCUGCCACCCGAGAUCACGGAGGACAACCCUGAAGUCCGCGCCAACAGAAUCAGGUCAUUCUACAAGGAGUACUUCGAUGACAGCAAACCCAACCCGUCUGCUGGUCAUUACUACGACAACGACGAUGACUACAACUUCUUGGAUGGUGUCGUCUACGAUCCAGACACUGGCGGCUUCUUCGCACCAGGUUCGAAACCGUUCGCUCAAGGUCCUGGCCGAAGAGCGAUGACGCCGCCUCCUCGUGGUAAGCCUCGUGUGAGUGGUAACUCCACCCUCCCACACCAAAGGAAGUUCUCGACAUUGUCAGCGGGUCGACCCAGAGGCAGAUCGCUGCCGAAGAAGAAGCUGCCUCCACCAAUGCCGCUUCAGAGUCUGCCAACACCGCACAUGCUCAAGGAGGAUGCGAUGGUCUUCAACCCGAUUGACUUCGCUCCACCGACAUCUAUUCGAGAGCUGCAGAACGGCCGAAGACCUGACUCGCCGCUGGGUAUGCAACGCCCCUACAGCCCAAGUGUCCGUGCUUUCACACCGCUUGCGUCGUCAUUCGACAACCUCGCCGUGCUACCAUCGCCUCACGAUCUACGCAAGUCAGGCACGUUCACUGCCCUCGACUUCGCUCCACCGUCCAAGAUCAGAGAUCCCAUGCUCUCCCCAAGCGACGCCGGCAGCAUCCGCAGCAACCGCUCAGGCAUCUCAGCAGUGCAAAUAAACGCCGUCCGCGACGGAGCAUACCGCGUCUCACGAAUCCCCAAGGAGAUGGUGACGACCAAGGAAGACAUCAACGCCCAGCUCCGCCCCAAAAUGGACAUGAUCUCUCGAGCAUAG